GUCAUUUCCGGCCGGCAUGCAGCUGCGCUGCCUGUGCCGCUUCCUGCUGGACCAGACGCAGACGCCCAACACGAAAGUGAAGGCGGCCACGCUGCGGUACCUGCGCGGCCCUGCUCGAGAGCAUGGACCCGGCGGAGUUCGCUGUCGACGCUGACCUGCCGCUGGCCGUCACCAAGAUCAUCGGCUGGACGAGCGACCAGAAGUCGGUGGAGACACGCAACGGUGCCAAAGCAGUGAUCGUAGCCAUGUUCGACCUGAACACAGCCGAGUUCACUAUGCUUCUGUCGCAGCUAUCCAAGAUGUACCAGGACACGGCGUCCGACAUCAUGCAGCAGCACAUGCGGCGGCGGGCCAGCGUGGACCAAUCGGCGGCGCUGAUGCGCGCCCGCUCGCCCUGCUCGUCCAAUGGUGGCUCGCCGGGCCCGCGCGGUCCCGCGCGGCCGCGCCUGGCGCCCAGCGACGCGGAGAACCUCCAUCCGGAGGAGAUUAGCAGGUCGCUGCGCCGCGGUCCGGCCGAGAUACCGGGCGGCGGCCUGGACGGCCCGGACGGUACGAAGCGAGAGCGCGACUCGACGUCGCAGGACUCGGGUAUCAGCCAGAUGUCGCUGCCGCUGGAGCGACGCGGCUCGCCGGCCGGCCGGCCGCCCGCCGCCGGCGAGCCGCCGGCCGACGAGCAGGCGCUCGUGGCGUCGGUGCGCGCCGAGCUGAACGUGGAGCGGCCGCCGGAGCCGGCGGCGCCCGAGCGGCGCGCCGCCCUCAUCACCGUCUGCCGGCUGGCGAAGCUGGGCUCCGAGCGGCUCUGGAGCGAGCACUUCAGGUAUCUGCUGCGGCCGCUGCUGGACACGCUGCGCGACGGCGCCGGGCCGGCGCGCGAGCUCGUGCUCUCGGCCUUCACCGAGAUGCUGCGUCGCGACUGCGUGGCGCCGCUCUUCCACCCGUACAUCGAGCUGGUGUUCGUGCGCGUGCUGGACGCGCACUGUGAGCCGAGCGAGCGGGACGUGGUGCGCGCUGCCGAGCAGUGCGCCGCCGCCAUGGCCGGGCGCCUGCCGCCCGACAGCGUGGUGCGCGUGCUGAACGGCCUGGUGCAGACGGGCCGCUACCCGGUCAACCAGGCGGCCAUCAAGACUCUGACGCGUCUGGUGGAGCAGCACAACCGCGAGCUAGUGCUCGGCUUCCUGCCCGAGAUCAUGCCCAGCCUGCUGAAGGCGUACGACAACAGCGAGUCGUCGGUGCGCAAGGCGGCCGUGUUCUGCAUGGUCACCAUCCACACGCUGUGCGGCGAGGAGGCCAUGCAGCCCCACCUCGCCUCCCUCAACGCCACCAAGAUGAAGCUGCUCAGCCUGUACAUCAAGCGGUCUCAGGGCUCGCUCGAGUCGCCCACCGGCCAGCCCGGCUCGCCCAAGUAGCGGCUGGCCGCCGCGCCGGGGCGCGCAUGGCACGGGUCAGCGCGCGGCGAGCGCACGUCUGCCAUAGCGGGUAUGAGCGGAGGUACGGCACCGGUGUGCGCUGGAGCGCCGGGCGGCCGCUGGUCGCCGCAGCAGCGUCGGCGAGGCGCCGGCGUGGUGUUGUCAUUCCGAAGGCGCUUCGUGCGCGUGAACUGACGUACAUUCCUGGGAGGACAUUCCCGGCGGAGAUUUGUUACACGGCUGUGUGUUCUAACUCACACAUGACACCGUGGGCCCACUCGACUGUGUGUUCUAACCCACACAUGACACAUGGGGGCCCUUCGAGAGCCACACGGCGUGUCGGUGUGUGGCGGGAGCGUUCCAUUCCACGCAUGAUAGCUUGGCACCGCGUCGCCGUCCGCUCCAGCGAUGACUGACGAGACAUGUGCGUGUGCUGGGGCAGGCGCUGACCCGUUGUUCGUAGUAGGCGGGUGUCUGCGUGCGAGGCAGCUUCCUGUGCAGCUGGGAACUGCUGGCUUACUCGUUAACGUUGCUGUGCGACUUUGCCACGGCCUGACACGCUUUCGAUGAUCCCGUAAUGCUGGACAGGUGGAAGUUAUGCGAAUGGAAGAAGGAAGUGUGGAUAGCGAACACGAACGUGUGAGCGCGCCAUUGUGAGUAUGCAAUCCGACGGUGGUGUUUCGGACAGUGUUUGAGAGAGGCGCAGGAUGGGGCGGGAGUUAUGACGGUGGCGCGCCCUCAACUGACUGUGAUGGCACCCGUCCAGGCGCGCGGCGCGGUCGUGCUGGCCGAGGGCGCCGACGCACAGGGUGGCCUUGACAUAUCAGCUGACAGGGUCAGUUGAUGCGCCGGCUCGGUGUGAGGGGUCGUGCCCGACCCCGACAGGCAGCAUUGUCGCAGACGUGGAGCGCUACAUCUGCUGAUCGAAGCACUCGAUCGUUAUGACUACCCCUUUUCAAUGAGCUAAGCUAUGUAGCGGACCCGAAUGGACUAAUAAUAAACACCGAAUGCCCACUC